AUGGGUUUCUGUUUGCAGGCUUUCAUAGCACUUGUGCUGGUGCAAGCAAGUUGUGGUCAACAUGAUUAUCCACCACCGCAUCAUCCGCAUUAUGUACCACCGCCACCACCACCGCACCAUAUACCUCCACCACAUCCAGAGCCAUAUCCACAACCAUGUUCACCACCACAUGUAGAACCUCAUCCCCAUCCAUACCCGCAUCCACAUCCAGUGCCUCAUGUAGAACCUCAUCCACAUCCAUAUCCACCUCAUCCAGAACCAUAUCCACAACACUGUCCUGCACCACCACAUCCAGAACCUCAUGUAGAACCUCAUCCUCAUCCAUUACCUCAUCCAGAACCAUAUCCACAACCAUGCCCACCACCUCAUCCACCAUCUCACCCACCACCGUAUCCACACCCUCAUCCACCACCACAUCCACCAAUACAUCCACCACCAUAUGUACCACAGCAUCCUCAUCCAAUACCUCCACCACCUCCACCACCAGUAUAUCAUGGAAUAUUCCCUCAGCACUUCUCUUUCGGAGUUUCAAAUGGAGCGUACGAUCAUGAAGGUGGUUAUCUACAAGAUGGUGCUGGCGAGAGUAUUUACGAUCGUUGGAUACACAACAAUCCUCAUCUUAUACUUGAUGGAAGCAAUGGCGAUGUAUCUGCUGAUGGUUACAACCAUCUUGAAGAAGAUGUCGAAAUUCUCAAUAAUUUGACAGUAAGGCAUUACGUAUUUUCUCUAUCUUGGGCUAGAAUAAUACCCACCGGCUGUGGAGACGUCAACAAAGCUGCCAUCAAACAUUACCAAAGACAAAUUGAACUCCUCAGAGAAAACCAAAUCGAACCAAUCGUCGUCCUUUACAACGGAGAUCUUCCUCAAGCUCUCCAAGACCAAGGAGGUUUCCUUAGCGACCAAUUCCCAAGGUGGUUCACCGAAUACGCUAAUGUUGCUUUCGAAUGUUUUGGGGGUAGCGUACAAUAUUGGAUCACUUUUGACGAUCCGUUUGGUCAUUGUCAUGAAGGGUAUGGAGAAGGUACUUUGCCACCUGGUGUUGGCGAUAACCCUGGAGUUAACGAGUACAUCUGCGGACAUCAUCUUCUCAAAGCUCACGCUGAUGUUUACCAUUUGUACGAUGACUCCUAUAGAUAUAUCCAGAAAGGUAAAGUAUCUAUGGCCAUUUAUUCACCUUGGUUUGAACCUGCUACAGACUGCCAAACUGAUAUCGAAGCAGCAGAAACAAGACUACAGUUCCACAUUGGUUGGUUCGCCCAUCCCAUCUACGUCGGUGACUAUCCUAAAGUCAUGAUCCAAAGAAUCAGUCAACUGUCAGAAUUACAAGGCCUAUGCGAAUCUAGACUACCCGUAUUUACCAGGAAAGAAAUCGAAUGGAUCAAAGACACCCACGACUUUUUCGCUCUUACCUAUUUCAUCGGUUACCAUGUCAGCGCUGUUAGUGAUGAAAGUUGUUUGUCACCGUCGCUUAAUGGUGAUGCUGGUAGCGAGAUUGUUACAAUCAAAGGAGAUGACACUUGGGGAAUAAGAAAGGUAGUAGUAUGGGUGAAGCAACAAUAUCUAAACCCAUCAAUAUUCAUUUUGAACAAUGGAUUUGUUUUAGCCGAUCGUUCAUUAGAGGAUUAUAGCCGUAUUGAUUACAUCAAAAAAAUCUUAAUACACAUUUACGAUGCUAUGACAAAGGAUGAUGUUCGUAUUUAUGCUUACACUUACUAUUCAUAUAUUGAUGGAUUCGUACGAACUUUUGGAUACACAAUUAAGUUUGGUUUUUACGACGUAGAAUUCGACUGUCCCGCGAAAACCAGAACUGCCAGAAUUUCAGCUGAUUACUACCGACACGUCUGCAAAUAUGGUUGCAUAGAUGACCCAUGUCCUCCUCGACAUCAUCACGAAUAUUUUGGGGAACAUGUUGUAUACUGA